UAUUACAUGUAUUUGUUAUAUAUACAUUGUAUUUGAUAUCAUUCCUUUAUAAGUUAGAUAUUUGAUAUCAUUCCUUUAUUAGUUAAAUGUAUUUGAUAUUGUUCUUUUUUUAAUUGAUAUUUCAUAUUUUGCUCAUUUUUAAUGGAAGUUUUAAUUUGUAUAGCUUCUAUCUUUUAUAACCUUCAAAUAUGGUAUGUGAUUUAUUUAUAAGUGUCUCAUAACGAAUCAAACAUGGAAGGCGGUGCUAAAUCGAACAAAAAGUCUUCUGCUUUUUUAGUAAGAUGUUGUUUUCAACUUGUUACUUUAGUUUCUAGUCGUCACGUUAGAUUGUUUAUUUUGAUGAUUGUUAUACUGUGCAGCAUUGUUCCAUUUUUCGCAAUAGAUAUGCCGUUCUCUAAGCUGUAUGAAAGAUACCACACGCAGUCGGAAACCUUAAAUUGUGCUAAAAAAUUUAAUUCGCUACGGCUUUCAAAAGCAUUAAAGUACUUCAAUGAAUCAUAUUCUAAAACACCUUCUUCAUUCUAUAUUGAACGUUCACGUAGGGAACCAGAGAUUGUUGUUUGUAUUAUAACUGUGAGCCGUAGUAACUCGCGUCACGAAACUGGUUACCUAAUUCAAACUUCAUCUGUAAUAGACAGCAUUAUAAAAUCUGACACCACCUUUAAAAAUACACUCCUUUUUGUAUGCAAUGUUGACAGAAAUCCGAACAAGCACUUUGAUGCAAUGUUUGUUCAGUCAUACGUUCCCUAUGUUAAUAAAUACGGAUAUAACAGUUUUGGAAAAACUUUUUACAUCAAUAACUUUACUUCCAACCAUUCUGAUGCGUCUCGUAGGAGGGAAUUUGAAGAUUAUAUUUUCUGUCUGAAUGUAUCGAAAUCUUUUGGUUCACCGUAUGUAUUAAUGUUAGAAGAUGAUGUCCUUCCGUAUAAGAAUGUGUUUCAAAUUUUACAUUACACCAUCAAGCAGCAUAAUUUACAACAUUCUGAGCAUUUAGGAAAGAAAGUAGUUCCUGGGAGAGAGUUUGCAUUUCUAAAACUGUAUUAUCCAGAGCGAUGGCAGGGGUUUGCUAACGAAUUCGAUAAGAUCCUUGAACUUUUUAGCAUUGGUUCAUUAGGAGGGGCACUUAUGCUUUCAGUUGUUUUUCUGUUCCCUUCAAAUUCAGGCCUUUCAUACUCAUUGAAGUUGUUUUAUUUUAUAUUUGGUGCUUUUAUGACAAUGAUGUCAGUCCUUAUAAUUGGGCGACAUAAUGUGAUAUCCUUACGCAGAAUAUUGCCGCAAUUAUUUGUAUUUAAACCUACGCCAGGUUGUUGUACGCCUGCAAUGUUUUAUUCAUCAUCUGUUUUGAAUGACUUGAUGUAUCAUCUCAUGUUUCACUCUGAUAUCAACAAAGAUCUGGCAAUCAAUGAUUUUAUAAAACAGAACGAUAUUCCUGGGUAUAUAUUAGAACCAAAUUUAUUCCGACAUAUCGGAAUGUACACUUCACUUACAGAUGCCUAUAAACCACCAGUAGAGUUCAUUUUUGACAUGCCUUAAUAAUAUAUAAUAUGUAAUAUGUAAAAUUACAACAUGUCUCUUUUAUUCAGAAUUUCAAAAUGCGUGGUCAUUAUUAGAAGAUGUACACAAUCACCAUCGUGUAAAUAUAAAUAUAUGCUGAUGUGAUCAUAAGAUUUAUCACAUACCUCUGCCGAUUUUGCGACUCUGUAAAAAUGGUAUUGCACGACCGAGCAUAUUUUUUUAUAUGACCAUAUUUGCAUUAUACAAACAUAGUGUGAAGACGCGCUAAAUGUCAGUGUUAAACUGUAGGUGCGUCAAUGAAAAAUGACUCUUUUUUACUUUAAACAGUCUUUGUUUUUGGUAUGUGAUAAUUAGAAUAUUAAAUCCGUGUAAGUUCAUUACUGAAUUUAAUGAACCUGUUGAAUAAAAUAAUAUGCUUGCCAGAGGCUUGUAUAAUGUAAUUUUUUUCAACUUGCUCAAUACAUUCAGUAUUGAACUUACACUCAUUCAAUAAUGAUAACAAGUUCUUUUAACUAAGGAGAAUCAGUAUGAACAAAAUUUAUAUCCAAAAUGUAUCAAAUCUAUGUAUUAUGAAUGGUUUCUUUCAUUCCCAUUAGUAUUGUAAUAUUUUUGAUAUAUAAAGCAUGAAAAUACCCCCAACAAAUAACUAUGAUUGACUUUACAAAAAUAAGUUUUUAUCAUAUUUAGAUUUAAAGAUCCUGUAUGUUUUGUGAUUGAUAUUGUUACUGUGUGUAUGUAUACCACACUUACAAAAAAUUAUAUAUGUAUAAAAUUAUGCAAAUAAAACAAUUUUCAAACAUUGAAGAAUAUGUAAAAUGUGUACUGCAAAUAUUUGUGCACAUUAUAUUUAAUCAAUAAAUUACAUGCAUUCAUUUCUUAUUGGAAAAUUUGACUUAGAAUUUAUAGUAAAUAAAUUUCUAAUUACCUCCCUUUAUUUACAUGAAAUAUUAAACUGGGUAAUAUCUUUAAAAAUAAUGCUUAUUGGAACUUACAAAAUAGACAAAUCUUAAUUUGAGCAUUAUAUUAUUAUUAAACCGAGGGAGUAUAACAAGAACAGCUAUGUUAAUCAGCUAUGUAACUUCUUCAUGUAUAGGUGCAAAAUUGCAUUGCAAGCCAUGUUUUAAUAAACAUACUUUAUAGGAAGCUUUAAAUUUGGUCUAGUCUGACCUUACACUCAGGAUUUUGUUUUACUGAUGCAAACGUUCUAUGAUAUUUGCAUUAAACAGAUACAUAUGAUACAGUAUAUCAAAUAAGUUUAUUUUGGUAAUCAGAUUGUUAUUAUUUUAUAAAAAUGUUGUAUUAUGAUUUUAAAUAUUAUUUCAUGUUAUAUAUUGUAUAAAUAUUAUAAGUUCUACACAAUGCUUGAGUUACAUGUAGUUAUAACUAGCAGGUCUACCCUAGUCUUAUAUUGUUAUUAUGGAAGUAUAGUAAAAAAACAAGUAUAAUUGACUUGUUAGUUAAAUGUGUACUUAUUUGUGCAUACAAUUAAAGGGACUUGACUGAGGCUUUUUGACAUUUUUUUUCCAAGACUUUUGAUUUACUGUAUGAAGGUCUGAACCAAUAACUUGUGUGCAAAAUUUCAGAUUUUGGAUAUUUUGACCUGUUUCUGAUAAUUUACGUGCAUUGUAAGUACUGUCUGUUAUCUGUAAAUUAUUUUCUUUGUUCACUUCACAACAUUAUCCUAUUAAAAACAUUUUUAAAAUUUUCAUGAAAAUUAGCAUGAAUCUGGAGGCAUUCUACUUUAAAGUGAUUCCAUCUCUAUAAUGUAGAUGUGUUAGAUAUGUUCUAAUUUGAUUACACAAUCCUGUGUUGAACAAUCCUGUGUUCCAUUACAACAGUGUUUCAUUCAUAAUACUCUAUGUAAUUGUUUUGUUGUAUCAAUCAUGACCUCAAAGUUGUAUAUGUUAGUAUAAUGCCAUGCAUUAAGAGACUGAAAUGAGCCACGCCACAACAAAACCAACAUAGUGCGUUUGCGACCAGCAUGGAUCCAGACCAGCCUGCGCAUCUGCGCAGUCUGAUCAGGAUCCAUGCUGUUCGCUAUCAGUUUCUCUACUUGUAAAGGAGUUGGUAAGUGAACAGCAUGGAUCCUGAUCAGACUGCGCGGAUGCUGGUCACAAACGCACUAUGUUGGUUUUGUCAAGGUGCGGCUCAAAUGUUGUUGUGUUGAUGUACAGUAAACACUUCCUUAAUACGAACACUGCAUGUGUUCUAUAUAGCUGCAUUGUAAAAGCUAGUUGGUCAUAACCAAUACUCCAUGUCAUGCAUGUGUUCUACAUAUCUGUAAACACUGCCUUGUUAAAAAGAAUAGCACAUAUCAUAUAAGUUGGUCGGUCAUGUUGAACACUACUGAUAUUUAAAGCUUUAAUACUGUAAAGUUAUUCUUAAUACCUCAAAAUGUGUUCUUUUUACCUUUAACAUUGGGCAUGCUAUAAUGAACACCUCAGAUCAUACAAAAUGUGUUUUCUUUAUUCUACAAUGUACAAGUUAAUGGUAAACACCUAUUGAUUGUUAUCAUUAAUGUGUUUAUGUAUUUAUUAUCUUAACAGUUUAUCAUAAUCAUUUUAUUGUUUUCUUAUGUAAUGUUACCUCAGAAAAUUUUAUAAUUUGUUAUUAUUUAAAAAUAGUGUAUUUUUAUUUUACUAUUAAGUUAUUUUACUAUAUUGUAGCAUAAAUUAGAAAUAAUUGAAUCAAAUUAUUUGAACAAUAUGUAUUAAAAGUUUUGACAAUUUUCACUGUCUUUCAAAAGUUGUCAUAUAUGUAAUUAAAAUACUGUACAUUUGUAACGUCAUUUUUCAUUGGACAAUGGUGAUGUUUUAUAUUUUUUAUGUACUUGUCUGUGCAAAUUUGUGAAUUAAUUUUUUUUUUCAAUCAAAGUAUGCUUUUAAUUUCUUUAUAAAGCCUUUUUGCAGGUUUUAUUUCCUUGUAAAAACAGACAGUCGUUCACAAUAUUCCUCUGGCCUAACAACUCUGGCCAUAAAUGCACCCUUACCUGACAACCCUGGUCAUAAAUGCGCCUUGGCCUAACAACUCCGGUCAUUAAUGCACCUUGGCCUAACAACUCUGGUCAUAAAUGCUCCCUGGCCUAACAAUUCUGGUCAUAAAUGCACCUUGGCCUAACAACUCUGGUCAUAAAUGCACCCUGGCCUGACCACUAUGGUCAUAAAUGCACCCUAGCCUAACCACUCUGGUCAUAAAUGCACCCUGGCCUAACCACUCUGGUCAUAAAUGCACCCUGGCCUGACCAAGUAAUAAAUGCACCCUGGCCUGACCACUCUGGUCAUAAAUGCACCCUGGCCUAAACACUCUGGUCAUAAAUGCACCCUGGGCUAACCACUCUGGUCAUAAAUGCACCCUAGCCUAACCACUCUGGUCAGUGGUCAUAAAUGCACCUUGGCCUAAACACUCUGGUCAUAAAUGCACUCUGGCCAAACAACUCUAGUCAUAAGUUUAUACAAUUGCUAAUGUUUGGUAAUAAAACCUGCCAAAAAUCUUUAUAAUAGUCUGGUUUGAAUUCAAUUAAUUUCGUGGGCAUGAAAUUUUGUUGUUUUGUCACAAAAAACAUUUUUGUGGGUUCCUCAGUUGAUGGACUGUUUGUUUUUUCCGAAAGGUAAAAUGUAAAUAGUGUGAUGCAAAAUUAUCUUACCGCAUACAAAAUGAAAUUCUGUUACAUCUUAAAUUUGUGGAUAGACCUAACCAUGAAAAUCGCAAAAAUUAGUUCCCUACAAAUAAAAAUGAUUUUUCAGUAUAUAAAUAAUAUAAUAUUUGUUUUAUACUAUUUAUAUGUUUUAAAGGAUUUAAUCCAAAUUAUGUUAUGUACGGGUGCUUUCUUCACCACCUUACCUUUUCUAGUUAUUCGUAUAAUGUUCCUUGCAAUUCUUGCCAGUUUACCAAUUCUUUUUUAAAAUGGAUUAGAAAUGUUAUUUGAUAUCAUUUUAUAACAUAACUAUCUCUCAAAUAUCAUAUUUACUCCUAUUUUAUCAAAAUUGGUAUAUAAAUUUUCACUGUCUCAAGUAUACAUUUAAAUUAGUAUAGUUUUAGUGUUUUACCACAUGAAUCAUUCAUAAUAUUCAUAAUAUUACUGUGUAGUUAAUACUAUGUUUAUUAAAAAUCAGAUAUAAUUAUAGGUCUUCAAUACGUCUCCCUUAUGCAUGUUUUAAAUAUAUAAUUAUAUUCUAGCAUUUUAUUGUUACUAAAUGGUCAUUUAUUUAAUGAAUACUACCAUAAUCAAAUAUUUCAAGGAUGUUUUAAGUACAGAAGUACAUGUAUACAUAUGCUCAAACAUUUUAUAGUAUUAAUUUUUUUUUCAGUACAAUCAUGACAUUGCCCUUGCAGUUUUGGCUAUAUCUGACAAUAUGUCUGACAGUUGCUUGCUUUAAUUAUUUCUUAUGAUAUUAAGAUUAAUUACAUGUUUAUUAUAUUUUCUGCAUUUUAUCAUUCCACUUUGUGACGUUUUAGCAAUCCAAUUUAUGGCAUUUUAGCAUUCCAAUUUGUGGCAUUUUAGCAUUCCAAUUUGUGGCAUUUUAGCAUUCCAAUUUGUUGCAUUUUAGCAUUCCAAUUUGUGGCAUUUUAGCAUUCCAAUUUGUGGCAUUUUAGCAUUCCAAUUUGUUGCAUUUUAGCAUUCCAAUUUGUUGCAUUUAAGCAUUUGUGACAUUUCAUGAUAUAUAAGUAUUAUGAUAUUUUAUAUAACAAAAACUCUAUUGACAAUUAUUAUUAACAGACACAGUCAGGCUGUUAAAACAGUUGAAACACAGGUUUGACUAUAGUACCAAAUUAAAAUCUUGUUUGACUGUAGCACUUAGUUCUUAAAAACAGGUUUGACUGUAGUACUGAUUAGUUAUUAAAAAAACAGGUUUGACUGUUGUACUAAAUAGUUAUAAAAACAGGUUUUAUUGUAAUACUGAAUAGUUGUUAAAACCAGGUUUGACUGUAGCACUGAAUAAAACAGGUCUGACUGUAGCACUUAAUACUUAAAAACAGUUCUGACUGAAGCACUUAAUACUUAAAAACAGGUCUGACUGUAGCACUAAAUAUUUAAAAUCUAGUCUGACUGUAGUAUUUAAUACUUAAAAAUAGGUCUGACUGUAGCACUAAAUAUUUAAAAUCAGGUCUGACUGUAGCACUAAAUAUUUAAAAUCUAGUCUGACUGUAGUAUUUAAUACUUAAAAAUAGGUCUGACUGUAGCACUAAAUAUUUAAAAUCAGGUCUGACUGUAGCACUAAAUAUUUAAAAUCUAGUCUGACUGUAGUGUUUAAUACUUAAAAAUAGGUCUGACUGUAGCACUAAAUAUUUAAAAUCAGGUCUGACUGUAGCACUUAAUACUUAAAAACAGGUCUGACUGUAGCACUAAAUAUUAAAAAUCAGGUCUGACUGUAGCACUUAAUACUUAAAAACAGGUCUGACUGUAGCACUAAAUAUUUAAAAUCAGGUCUGACUGUAGCACUUAAUACUUAAAAACAGGUCUGACUGUAGCACUAAAUAUUUAAAAUCAGGUCUGACUGUAGCACUUAAAAACAGGUACUCAAUGCUUCAAGCAGGAUUGAUUGUUGUUAAAAAAGAUAAAACAAAUUAAAUUGUUAGCCUACAUUGCUUUAAACAGGGUUGUCUGUACUCUUUGCAGGGUUUGUACAGUGUGAAUAGUGCUUAAAUGCCUAGAUAGGUUAAACAGGUUAAACUGUAGUUCUUAAUAGUUUAAACAGGUUUAAAUGCAGACCUAAAAAGACUGGUUUGACUGUGGUCUUCAAUUGAUUAAAAAUUUGGCUGAAGUCAUAAACUGUUAAACAAAGUUUUACUGUAGUGCUAAAUACUAGUCAUUAAGAACAGGGUUUAAUGUUGUCUUAGAUUAUCUAUUUAACUUUAAAAUUUGUUUAUGUUAAUUAAUGUUUAUGAAAUAAGAAGUGACACCACCGAUUAGCUAUUUUAUAUGUUUAUUACUUUUAUACAUACAGUUCAAAUGUUGUUACAAGUUGUAAAACAUCAGUGGAUAUUCAUUGUAGUUACCUCAGUAGCUUAGAAUAUUUUUUGUACCCUUACAUUUAGAGUUGUUAACCAAAAAACAGUUAAUCUGUUGGCAUAUACCUCAUUUAACUUUUUAUCUGCCAAUCUAUCUUCAACCUUUGCCUGAACCAAAAGUGAUUAGCAUUUGCUACCAAUAUAGAUCCAGGCCAGGCUGAAUGUGAAGUUUGACAAGGCUCUAUACUGUUGGCUGAGUAACUUUAAAAUUUUCAUCUUCAUAUCCCUUAAAAGCCUAAAUUUGUUAAUAUACAUUUCCAUGACAUGUGCAUUUAAGAAGUUAAGCAGUUUAAGGGUCCAACACAGACUGGGUGAUGAUUAAUAUUUAAAACAAGAUGCAUUUUUGUAAGUCUAUAUUAUAAUGGGCAUUUAUUGUUAUUAAUGGUUAUUUAUAUUUAGGAACAGAUAUGUAUAUUAUACAUAGAGUACUUUCUGUUGUUUAUAUGUCUUUCCUUUAUUAUUGUUAACUGUAUCCGGAAUAAAAUGAAUAUAAA